AUGCCGACGAAAAGGUUUCGCGGAAAAGACGCCGAUCAUGUGCCGGUCGUACCGACGAUGGUGACCUCCGCCGGUGUCGAGUUCAAGCGAAUUCAGGUUUUCCGGAAUGGCGACGCCCAUUUUCCUGGAAUGCAGGUCGUCGUCAACACCCAUCGAACGCCCGAUAUUAAUGUGCUUCUCGACGCGAUCAGCGAUAAAAUUGGAUUGGUGAAUGGCGCCAAAAAAUUGUACUCGACGAAUGGUGUUCAAAUCAAGGAUAUCAACAAGAUCAAAAAUAAUGAGAAAUAUGUGGCAUCAUCAUCGCAUUUCACACCAUUGGCGUAUGGCGGUGAAAAACCAUCGCGGAGUCGAUCGAAAAGCAAAAAGCGUUCCGACGGUUCUGUCGAAAAGAAGGCGAAACGCAAAAGUAGCAAGGAGAAUGAGAAGAACGCCGGCGAUGAGAUUGAGAUCCCGUCGAAUAUUGAGAAAAAGAAGAAAGUGAAAAAAGUGAAGAAGCGCACGAAAAGAGACGUUGAAGAGCAUGUGGAGACGAAGAUCAUGAUGACACCUGGCUCGAGGCGACAUUCGACGACGUCGCACAAUUCGGGAACGCUGGCCGUUCACACGCCAAGCGGCACCGACGAUAGCGAUGGCGAUCGAUCGGCGUCGCCAAUGGGACGCUCGAAAACGCCGGCGCCUCACUCCGAGCAGCCAAGUCGAAAACCGACACCUGAGCAUGAUGAGUCGACGACGCCGCCGCCGCCGCCGGCAAAAGAGUCGCCAAAAAAGGGCAUGAGAAAGAAAUCGGUCUCCCGCCGAAAAUCGCAACCAAAUUGGGGCGAUUUAUCGAAUUUCACGAAGAACAUCGAGAAUCUUCUGAAAAAAUGA